CGUAAUUCCGAGUAGAUAGCGUCGUUCUUCCUGUUAGAUCCGUAAUGACAUCAGUUUCCUGUAUGUCUUUACAGUUGCUCACUGGUUACUUCAGGAGUCAUGAAAGCUGCUUCGCUGGUCCAGAGGCUAGCAGGGAUAUCUGGAGCUCUUGCAGUCACAGCAGGUGCAUAUGGAGCUCACGGCUUCCGACACAGUGAAGCGAGUGAUUACCAGAGAGAGUUGUACGAAACAGCAAACAAGUACCACUUCUACCACAGUCUGGCGUUGUUAGGAGCUGCUCGCUGUGGGAAACCACUUCUGGCGGGCACAAUCCUCCUCACUGGCAUGGGCUGCUUCUGUGGUCCCCUCUACCACCAGGCCUUAACCAAUGACCCCAGCUUCAGCAAGCUAGCACCAAUUGGAGGCUCUCUGCUCAUCAUUGGCUGGGCUGCAAUGGCUCUUUGAACUUUGACUCCAUUCUCAAAGAUGAUGUUCUGUUUUGUCAUUUAAACAAGAAACAAGGAGAUAUGGAGUGGCUGAACGAGAAAAGGGUGGAGAAUUUCACAUCUUAUCUAAACCCUUUUUAGUCACGUCUGGAAAGUGAUGAUAAGGCCUUGGGAUCAAACUAAAUUCUUUUUUCCCCCUCCACACUGUCACAGGCAUCUUUAUUUUGUCAGCAUGGAGAAAAAAAAAUCUUUUGAGAAGCUUUCCUUUGUGGCUUAUUACCGAGAAUGAGUCACACUCAGGGUUUGUUCAUGUCUUGAAAGUGUAUGCACAUACGUUUCCUUUGUUUGAAAAAAUAAAGCUGUCUGAGAAGUUGA